AUGUCGCUAACCGUGCGCAUCAACAAGUUCCAGUUGCCGAAGUCAAAGUCCAACCUGCUCGGCCGGGUGGAAUUCCGGGGUGUUGCCCACACGACCACCGAGCUCAACUGUGGCUCCGAGCUUAUCCAAGUAAAUCAGAGCUUUAUCUGGCCGCUGGCCCGGCCAGCAGAUGACACGGAAACGGUGACGGUCGAGCUGCGGCAGCAGACCACCAAGAUACUGCUCAAAACGGGACUCGUCGGGUCGUCGUCAGCGUCGUCGUCGAAUGGGUCGAACGGGCACCGCGGCACCAUUGCCAGUAGCACCAAGAUCGUUGGCCGGUUCGUGAUGCUGAUGCAGGGGCUGAUCUCGGAGGGACGGCUGCGGGUCGAAGACCGGCUGGUGGACCUGUCGAACAAGCCGAUUGAGGCGUUCGUGAGCUUCGACGUGUGCUAUCAAAGCCCUGAGGACGAACUGGGGCACUUCGAUGCGACACAGGUAGUGCACGGGUUGCAUCACCAUCAGCAGCAGCAGCAGCACCAGACGUCCAGCUUCGACGACGACCAGCAGAUGCUGCUCAGCGUCGAGCAGAAUAUCGCGAACCUUGAGCGAAGCUUAACCCAGCAACAGCAGCCGCCGCCGGCGGCGCCACCACCGAAGCAGAAGCAAUCGCAGGUGAGCGGCGGCGGCGGCGGCAGCGAGCGCAAGACGGGCCUCAUCAAGCGGGUACUGUCGUCUGGGUCGGCGGGACUCGGGGAGCAGCCGGCUCCACCGAAAUCGUCCUCGGAUCAUGCCUCAUCGGACAACGAGGCCAGCGGUGGUGGUGGUGGUGGCUCGGGCAAAACGCACAAAUCCUUGUCGGACCGGAAGGUGACGCUGCGUACCGUGCGAAACUUUAUCCGUCUCGGCCGAUCGCGCCACUCGUCUCGCGAAAGCAACGCCAGCAGCACGGAGGACGAAAGCCGGUCCCUGAUCGGUGACUCGGAGCAGCAGCGCCGGGACCGGGCACCGGAGGGCGAGCCGGCGUCAGGUAGCGCUCGCGAAGCAACCGUUGGUGCCGGUGGUGCCACCGGAGACCCAACGACACCGACCGGCGGCGGAGGCGGCGGUGAGUACGGCGAGAGCGGGUCCCACGCCGGCAGCAUCCAUUCGAACGCGUCCAGCGACACCGAGGGAGUCAACAACGAAAAGCUCAAAAAGAUCAAAAGUCUGGCCAAGGGCAACGACCACCUGAAGUCACAGGACUUCCAGGUGUGUGUCACCGUCAUCGAGGCCCGCCAGCUGCCCGGGCUCAACAUGGACCCGGUGGUCUGCAUCCAGGUGGGCGACCAGAAGAAGUACACCAGCGUCAAGGAGAGCACCAACUGUCCGUACUAUAACGAGUACUUCGUGUUCGACUUCCAUAUGCCGCCGGUCAUGCUGUUCGACAAGAUCAUCACGCUCUCUGUGCUACAGAACCGCGGGGUGUUUCAGUCCAACAAGCUGGUGGGCUCGUUCAAGCUGGAUGUGGCCACGCUCUGGCACCAGAAAGACCACCAGUUCUACCACAAGUGGGCGCUGCUGUCCGACCCGGAGGACUUUGCGGCGGGCCCGAAGGGUUACCUGAAGUGCGACGUCGGCAUCAUCGGUAAGGGUGACACGGUGAAGGUGCCCCCGAAAUCCGAGAAGGACCCGGACGACAUUGAAGCGAAUCUGCUGCUACCGGACGGGGUGCCGAUCGAGCGGCAGCGGGCCAAGUUCAUCGUGAAGGUGUACCGUGCCGACGGGCUGCCCCGCAUGAACUCGUCCAUCAUGGCGAACGUGAAGCGGGCGUUCACGGGGGAAGCGAAGGACCUGGUCAACCCGUACGUCCAGGUGUCGUUCGCGGGCCUCACGGGCAAAACGAACGUGAAGAAGGCAUCGUACAGCCCGGUGUGGAACGAGCAGCUCGUCUUCACGGAGAUGUUUCCGCCGCUCUGCCAGCGCAUCAAGAUCCAGUUGCGGGACGCCGACCCGAUGAAACCGUCCAUCAUCGGGACGCACUACAUCGACCUGAAGCAGAUCUCGAACGACGGCGAGAAGGGCUUCCUGCCGACGUACGGGCCGUCCUUCGUGCACCUGUACGGGUCGACGCGCGACUACCACCUGCUCGACCAGCACUCGAACCUCAACACCGGGCUCGGCGAGGGCGUCAGCUACCGGGCCCGGCUGCUGAUCGCCAUCCGCACCGAGAUCACCGACAACGUCGAGCUGUUCACCGACAAGAACGUGGAGGUCGAGCCGACGCUACCGAUCUGCGAGUCAUCGUACUGCAAGAGCGACGUGUUUGCACUGUUCGCCACCGUGCUGGAGGCGUCCAUGUUGGAUCGGAAGGUGUGCGAUCGGUCGGUGUACUUCGAGCUGAGCAUCGGCAACGCUGGCAACUCGCUCGACGGCCACAACGAGAGCGCGACCAGCAACAUGGACGACGACGACGAGCUGGUGACGAUCGAUACGACCGCGUUCAACAGCACGACGAGCGCGUGCAAACCGAUCUCGCACGACAAGAGCCACUACUACCUGCCGUACUGGGACUACAAGCCGUGCAUGGACGUGCGGUGCACGUUCCCGGAUCUGCGGCGCCGGAUGUACAACAGCAACAUGAUCGGCAAGAUCGCCGACCGGAUGGAGGUGGGCCUGGCCGAGACGAACGUGCUGCUGGAGGACGAGGACCCGACCGCAGAGGUGCGGCUGCGGGCCGUGCUGGAAGAGGCGGCGUCCGCCUGUGCCCGGUACGUCACGAUCACGAAGGGCGCCCUGGUAGGGCCGGGCACCGGCAAGACGAAGCUGGACAAGGAGCGCAUCAAGCUGUGCCAGCGGGAGCUCGAGUCGAUCGGCAACAUGGCGCGCAACCUGCGGGCCCUCGUCACGCGCAGCUCGAUGCGCGAGCGGUACCGGACCGCGCACAGCUACCUCGGGCGGCUCAAGUUCCUCGUCGACGAUCCGCAGCACGCGCUGCCGGAUGUGUUCGUGUGGCUGGUCGCAAACGGCAAGCGGGUCGCGUACCACCGGCUGGGCGCCCGGGACCUCAUCUACUCGCCGCUCGAGGAGGAGACGGGCGUCGCGUGCGGCAAGGUGCAGACCGUCUUCCUGAAGCUGCCGGGCAAGCAGGCCGAGGGCCCGGCCGGUUGGCACGUGCGGGCGAAGCUGCACCUGUACCUGUGGCUCGGCACGCUCAAGCACAAGAAGUUCUUCUUCGCCGGCCUGCCCAAGGGCUACGAGAUGCUGCACGAGCUGCGCCAGGCGGACAAACCGAACGUGCCGUGUCCGGGCACGAUCCACUACGUCGAGAAGCACGCGUUCCAGCUGCGGGCCCACCUGUACCAGGCCCGCUCGCUGAUCGGAUCGGACGCGUCCGGCCUGAGCGACCCGUACGCGGUCGUCUACGUGACGGAGCACGCGAAGGUGACGCAGGUGAUCGAGGAAACGCUUAGCCCGACCUGGGACGAGCUGCUGCUGUUCGACGAGAUCGUACUGUACGGUGCGAAGGACGAAAUCCGGCGCGAUCCGCCGACCAUCGUGGUCGACAUCUACGACCAGGACAAGGUCGGCAAGUCGGAGUUUAUCGGGCGGGCGCUGGCGAAACCGAGGGUAAAACUGCGCGAGAACCACUACAGCACGCCGGUGCUCGAGUGGUUCGAGAUUACGCGCGGUCUCGACGGUGCCGGUGAGCUGCUGGCCGCGUUCGAGAUGCUCGAGCUCGGCUCGGAUGACGUGCCGCGCCCGUCGGACCCAAAGUUCGUGGCACACGCCGCCGGUGGAUCGGCGGUGGGCACCGUCGCGAUUCUGCCGGUUCCGCGCGAGGUACGCCCCAACCUGGCGCGCUUCCGCAUCGAGGUGCUGUUCUGGGGGUUGCGCGACCUGAAGCGGGUCCACUUCAUGACGGUCGACAAGCCGCGCAUCGACAUCGAGUGCUCGGGCAAGAUCCUGAGCAGCAGCAUCAUCCAGAACGCGAAGCGGAACCCCAACUUUGCCGCCAUGCUCAAGUGCUUCGACCUGGAGCUGCCCGUCGAGGAGCGGUACGCGCCGCCCAUCAUGAUCCGGGCCGUGGACUGCCGGUCGUUCGGUCGCUACACGCUCGUCGGUACGCACCAGAUCACCUCGAUCCACCGGUACAUGCACCGGGCCACGGCGGGGGGCCCCGGGACGACGCGGGACGACCCGAAGCGCUACAACCAGAACGGGCAGAUCGUGCUGAGCCGCACGAACCGGCCGGAGGCGGUCGACCACCACCAAGCCAGCCAGUCGUUUCCGGCGGCGGCGGCUCCGCUCUCGGAACUCGCCGGCUCGUGGUCGAACGAGAACCUGACCCAGUACGGUGCCGUGUACGUGGGCGCCAAAGGCCCGUCCCGGGAUGGUGCGGGAAACCUGAAGGGUGUCAAGGCGGGGAAGGGGAAGAAAAAGGCGGAUCAGCAGCAGGAGGAGACGGCCGAGCCGGAGGACGACGACGAGUCGAGCAAGGACUGGUGGACGAAGUACUUUCUCUCCUACGAGCGGCUCAUCGAGUCGUCCAAGAUGCUUGGCGGCGGCGGCGGCGUUGGAUCGAGCGGUACCGAGGGUGGCUCGAGGAAGCUCGGCGUCAAGACGUCCAAGCUGGUGUCGCGGUUGAGCCCGAAGGCGGCGGCAUCGAAGAAACUGCCGGUGCCGAUGGCGAGCGGCAGUGGCGGCGGGGCGGGCCGGGUCGCCACCUGUCAGGUGUACCCGGGCGAGCUGGAGGCGCUGCCCGAGUACCGGGAGUUCAAGGAGUGGCUGCUGUCGUUUCCACUCUACCGCGGCAAGAAGACGGGCGACAGCACGGAGGACGAGACGCGCAUCGUGGGGUACUUCAAGGGGGCGCUCAAGGUGUACCGGCUGCCGAUCGAGAAGGGCCUGGAGCCCGCGUUCGCACCCACCCUGCCGCUCAACGACCCGAUCCACGUGCUGGUCCGGGUGUACGUGGUCAAGGCGACCGACCUGCAUCCGAUGGACCUGAACGGGAAGGCGGACCCGUACGUGGUGCUGCAGCUCGGCAGCAAACGGGUGGCGGACAAGGAGAACUACGUCAGCAAGCAGCUGAACCCGGUGUUUGGCAAGUGCUUCGAGAUCGAGGCCACCUUCCCGCAGGACUCGAUGCUGACCGUGCAGAUCUACGACUGGGAUCUGGUCGGCUCGGACGACCUGAUCGGCGAGACGAAGAUUGACCUGGAGAACCGGUUCUACAGCAAGCACCGGGCGAUGUGCGGCAUCGCGACCCGUUACGAAGAUUCCGGCUACAACAUAUGGCGCGACCCGAUGAAACCGACCCAGAUCCUGACCAAGCUGUGCAAGGAGAAUAAACUGGAGCCCCCGCAGUACUUCCAGGAUCGCGUCACCGUCGGGCGGUGCUGCUUCAUGUUCGGCGCCGACGAAAUCGCGACCUGGAGCAGUCCGGCCUCGAUGAAGUACCGGGACGAGCACCUGGCGCUCGCCGUGCUGCACCGCUGGGAGGAGAUGCCCCGAGUUGGCUGCAAGAUCGUUCCGGAGCACAUCGAGUCGCGCUCGCUGUACAACACGGACAAGCCGGGCAUCGAGCAGGGUAAGCUAGAGAUGUGGGUGGACAUGUUUCCGAUGGACAUGCCGCUGCCCGGGCCACCGGUCGACAUCUCGCCCCGGAAACCCAAGUCGUACGAGCUGCGCAUCAUCAUCUGGAACACGGACGACGUCGUGCUGGAGGACGACGCGUUCUUCACCGGGGAAAAGAUGUCCGACAUCUACGUGAAAGGUUGGCUGAAGGGCCCGCAGGACGUGCAAGCGACCGACAUCCACUAUCGCUCGCUGACCGGCGAGGGCAACUUCAACUGGCGCUUUAUCUUCCCGUUCGAGUACCUGGCCGCCGAGGAGCGGAUCGUGCUGUCGCGCAAGGAGUCCCUGUUCAGCUGGGACGAGACGGAGGUGAAGAUGCCGGCCCGGCUGGAGCUGCAGGUUUGGGACGCGGAUCACUUUUCGGCGGACGACUUUCUUGGUGCGAUCUCGCUCAACCUGAACCGCUUCCCGCGUGGCGCCAAAUCGUCGAAGCUCUGCACGCUCGACAUGCUCCGCACCGACAACGUGCCCACGGUCAACAUCUUCAAGCAGAAGCGCAUCCGCGGCUGGUGGCCGUUUUUCAUCAAGAAGGAAAACGACGAGAUGGAGCUCACCGGCAAGGUGGAGGCCGAGAUUCACCUGCUCUCGAAGGAGGAGGCCGAGAAGAACCCGGCUGGCUACGGGCGCAACGAGCCGGAUCCGCUGGAAAAACCCAACCGACCCGACGCCUCCUUUAUGUGGUUCCUCAAUCCGCUCAAGUCGGUGCGGUACAUCGUGUGGCACAACUACAAGUGGAAGAUCAUCAAGGGCAUCCUCGUGCUCGGGCUGGCCCUGCUGUUGUUGCUCUUUUUCUACGCCAUUCCGGGCUACUCGGUGAAGCGACUGCUCGGGGCGUAA